AUGUGGAGGCUUUUCCUGGUCCUUGCUUCUGCCACCGCGCGGCCAGUCACCUUGCCGCUGCAGGGCUGCACGGUGGCAGCGAUGGAUCCGGAGCAUGGGUUGACCGAGUCUCCUGUCUUCUAUGGAGAGGUGAAGGUGGGCGAAGAAAGGCGAACCUUUCGAGUCUUGUUCGACACAGGCUCUAGCAACUUGUGGUUGCCGAGUGCACAAUGCAGUUCAGCCCCCUGUGACAUCCACCAGCGCUUCGUUCCAUCAAGGCCGCUGCCGGAAGGGGAAGUGCCUGGGCUGGCCCCUUUGCAAUAA